GUGUGCGUGUCUCUUUCAUCUGUGUUUUUGGCCGUGUUUACAUUUUGCGCGCUCUCUUUGCUUUACUCGAAUUAUUUUUUUGAUAGUUUUUUGUUAUUGUCCCAAGUGAUAAGAAAUAAUCAAUCAAGUGAACAGUGUGCUAGUGUUAUGUAAUAAAUACAAAAUGGAAUGAAAAUUAAAUAAAUUUUUGUAUGUUGAAAUAAUUUGGCGCGCUGCGUUAAAACAACGACAACGAAACCGGCAAACAACAAGUGCAACAACAAUAACACAAAUUAAGAAGAAGAACAAUUUAGAAAGCAGUCGACUACCUGUUGAGCGGCGUUUCGCGUUAAUACCCCCUGCUGAAGGUUAACGCGGCGGCAACUUGGCCUAAACCUGCAACGCGGAUUUUGUUGCAAGUGUGUUUUGUUGCAUUGCGUUUUUAAUGUUUGCCAGCGAUGCGUAAAACUGCCAACGAAAUGACAAUGCAGCCUUUAAGAGGCACAACAACAAAUGCAAUGGCGCCAACAACAAAAACAACAACAGCAAGUACUACGAUCAAGGCAAGAACAAGAAUAACAGCAUACGCAGCACUAUUGUUGCUUUGCUGUUUUGUGCAAGACGCUGCAUGCUUUAAUUUGGAACAGAGAUUACCGUUAAUCAAAUAUGGACAUGCCAAUUCAUACUUUGGCUACUCCGUGGCCACGCACAGCAUUGGCGACAUUCACAAUAAUACAAAAUGUUUACUCGUGGGUGCACCCCUGGAUCAGAAUAGUCAGCCCAAUACAAAUCACUCGGGCGCACUUUGGCAAUGUCCCAUAAGCCAAGAUAUGGGCGAUUGUACCCAGGUCAUAACCGAUGGACGAAAAUCAUCUGACGGAGGUUAUGAAACUAAGAAGACCUUUGAUCACGACGAUCUGAUAGCGCCAUCUAGCGACGAAAUCAAGGAGGGCCAAUGGCUGGGCGGCACUGUUCGCUCCCAAGGCGUAGGCGGCAAGGUUCUCGUCUGUGCCCAUCGCUAUGUUACGAUUGUCAUGGAGAAUCGCUAUGGUCAGGGUCUCUGCUAUCUGCUGACCAACGAUCUCAAGUUCGACGAGGUCUAUGAACCUUGCAAGGGACGCGCCGUUCAGAGACAACACGAGGACUAUGGCUUCUGUCAGGCGGGCACGUCGGGCGCCUUGCUGGAUGAUAACACCAUGGUGCUGGGCACUCCCGGACCUUUGACAUGGCGCGGUGCCAUCUUUGUGACCGAAAUUGGCGGCGAGUAUUUGCAGCGCGACAAGACAAUCUACUAUAGCGAUCAUCUGGAGGCGAGCUCGCCGGUGGACAAGUACAGUUACCUGGGCAUGGCGGUGACAGGUGGACGUUACUUUGGUGAGAGCAUGUCCUAUGCGGCGGGUGCACCACGCUCCAAUGGUCAUGGUCAGGUGGUCAUCUUCGACAAGGCCAACAAAACGAAUCCGCUGCCCAUGCGCAUGAUCAUCGAUGGCGAGCAGUUUGCCUCGAGCUUUGGCUACGAGCUGACCACUGCGGACAUCAAUGGCGAUCAGAAACCCGAUCUUAUUAUAGGUGCACCCAACUAUUUCACCAAAACCGAAGGCGGUGCAGUCUAUGUCUAUCAGAACGAGAAGGACAUGCUGCCCAAGCGUCCCACACUGCGGCUCACUGGUGCCAUGGAGAGUCACUUUGGCCUGGCCAUAGCCAACAUAGGCGAUCUGAAUCGCGAUGGCUGCGAGGACAUUGCUGUGGGCUCACCCUACGAUGGCGCUGGCGUCGUCUUCAUCUAUCUGGGUUCGCUCAAGGGACUCAAUGAGAAACCCUCACAGCGCAUUGCGGCCGCCGAUUUGGCAGUGAAACUGCCACAGCCGCUGCGCAACUUUGGUAUCUCGCUUGCCGGCAAUACCGACUUGGAUGGCAAUUCGUACACAGAUGUAGUGGUGGGUGCACCACCAGCCGUAGUCACCUUCCUUGCACGCCCCAUUAUCAACAUCAGGACCAGCUAUCGCAGCAAUGAGCUGCGCAACAUUGAUCCCAAUCGCGCCGGCUGUCGCACCGAUCUGUCCACCAAUCUCACCUGCUUCACCUUCGAGGCCUGCUGCAGCAUCGACUCCCACGAGCAGCUCAGCAAGAACAUAUCGCUCAUCUAUACGGUGGAAGCGGAAACAUUCGAGCAUCAGAAGAAGUUCUCACGCGUCUUCUUCGAUCGCGACAACAAGCGCAGCAAUGUCAUGCGGCGAAUUGUGCGUGUUCGCACCGAUGGCGGCACUGCCUGUCAGCUGGUCACAGGCUAUAUCAAAGCCAACACUCGGGACAUUCAGACGCCCAUACGCUUCAAGCUGGACUAUACGCUGGAGGAGCCCAAGCUGGCCGACUCGCCGCUUACACGCUUGAAUCCCAUUUUGGAUCAAACCCAAGCGCACAUCGAAUUCGAGGGCACCUUCCAAAAGGAUUGCGGUGAUGAUGAUCAAUGCGAAAGCGAUCUCCGGCUGCAUGCUGAGCCCAAUCUUACUCCAGAGCCCGAUAAUACCUAUGCGUUGAUCUUGGGCAACAAGACGGAACUGGAGAUUACGGUGAAUGUCAGCAAUCUGGCGGACUCGGCCUACGAAUCGCAGCUCUUCAUUGUGCAUCAAAAGGACGUUUCCUAUAUCGCCACCAAGAAGCCCACAAAUGCCACUUGCAACAGCUUCAACACGACGCUUGUGGCAUGCAGCCUGGGCAAUCCGAUGCUGCGUGGCACGACGACCUUUAUGACCAUACGCUUUGAUCCGAAUAGCUUGGAGCCUGGCGCACGAGAGAUGUCCUUUUACAUAUUUGCUAAUACGACGUCCAGCCUGGUGGGCAAACAGUUGCCCGAACGCACAUUGACGGUGCGUGUGGUGCGACGAGCGGAGCUGACGCUGCGCGGUUGGGUUAAUCCGGAGCAGAGUUUCUACAGUGGCGCGUCCAAGCUGCAGGAGACGCCCACAGAGCUGGAUCAUGUGGGCUCACCGCUGGUGCACACCUACUCCAUCUUCAAUGAAGGUCCCUCGGCGGCGCCCAAGGUGCUGUUGACCAUCUACCUGCCGCUGCGGCUGGAGGAUAAGCCGGACGAGGAGCUGAGCCACGGCGAAGAUGUUAAGUACUUGCUGUAUCUGGAGGCGCAGCCUAGCAACGAAACGGGCUUUGGCAAUUGCCACGUAGCUCCGGAGCACAUAAAUCCACUCAAGCUGCACUCCAAGCCGUCGAGCAGUCUACGCAGCGCGGCUUAUCUAAAUGCGCCCGAGGCUCUAAUGAAGUCACUGCAGCGUCUGCCGCAGAACAAAAGCUUGACGCACAGUCAGAGUCAACACUAUAGUCACCAGAAGACGCACAAGGAGCUGGAGCAGCGCGCCAAUCGCGUACCCCGCACCACCAUCGAGCGUCUGCUGCGUCCCGAGCGCUUCAUGGAUGGGCGCGAAGGCGCCAGCGCAAAGGCUCUGAAGCAGCACAUCGUUGAGCUGAACUGCGAUAAGCUCACGGCUCAUUGCAUUGCCAUCCAGUGUGAGUUCUAUGACAUGGCCGCCAAGACGGAGGCCCAGGUGCAGCUCAAGGCGCGACUCUGGAACUCCACGCUGGUCGAGGCGUAUCCACGUGUGGAUCUGGUGCGCAUCAUGAGCUCGGCGCAUGUGAAGAUUCCCCAGGACUUUGGCGUCGAGCAGCUCAAGAAUAAUGAUAACAUUAUGGUGGAGACACGCGCCUAUCCGGAGCUGCUGGAUCAACAGCGGGAGACGUAUACGCCGCUCUGGAUAAUAAUACUCGCCGUGCUGGGUGGAUUGCUACUCCUGGCGCUGCAUAUUUAUGCAAUGUGGAAGUUUGGCUUCUUCAAGCGCAAGCGACCAACGGAUCCGACGCUGAGCGGCAAUCUGGAGAAGAUGAAUGAGGAGAAGCCGUUCCUGGCGGCAAAGAGCCAUAAUGUUUUCUAACAAGAGGGCACCGUUGGCUGGGAUCUGGUGCGCCGCAUUGCACCCAGACGUAAGCGCAAUCGGCUGCAGCAAUUGCUCAUCCAAAAGCAGCAGCAGCAACAGCAGCAGCGACGCCAGAGACGCCAACACCACAACAACAACAACAACAACAAUAAUUAUGCUGCUGAUGCUGAUGAGGAUGAGGAUGAGGAUGAAUUUGAUGUGGCCGCAUUGACGCCGCCGCCGCCGCCGUUAAGUGUGCUUAACUGGGGCAAUGAUAGCUAUUACCAGGCCAGCGCCGCAUGGUGGGGACACAUGUGAGAGAGAGCAAGAGCGCGAGCGAGAGCGAUAGCGAGGAGAAGAAGAAUUGAAAGGAUUUCUGGUUGUGGGACUUUCAAAUGUGCCAUUAUCUUUACUUAAGUCGAACUCUACCCGAUCGAAGGGGAAAGGGGGUAGCAUUCAAACGUUUACACUCUAAAGACUAGUUGUAGUUCAUAGGGCUAUGACCAAAUGUCCAUACCAUACCACACAUCCAUGCAUGAUGAUGAUGAGAGAAGUUAAACAAACAACUUAAGCUUGUGCAAAGCUGUGCUUAUAUUUUAACUACUGCAACUAUUGUUUACAACAACGCUUUUAUUGUAAAGUAUUGUACAACUUUUAUUACUCCACAAGCUUUGAUUGCAACAGUUGAUGGCAACACAAUUAACUGUUCGUCUAUGGAAACUUGUUCAACUGACCAACUUUGAGUCACCACCAGCUUUGCACGUGUUAGAGCAUCCGGAAACUUUUGUAUCAUAUUUGUUAUUUAUAUAAAGCUUAAGUUGUUAGCUGUUAACACUAAAUAAUUUACACACACACAAGCAACAAAAUAUUCCGUAUUAUUUAGCAUAAGUCAGUGUGCACAUAAUUUCAAACUUAAACUAUGUACUAUUAUUAAUUAAUUGUAUGUCUAGAAAACAUGUUUGAAGCGUUCGAAACCUUUUCACUGCCACAAAUAUGAAUUCUUGAAACUUAUCGAAAUGCUUUUUAAAACGAAACCAAUGUCAUCGAAAACACGAAGAACUUACCGCUUAAACCAUUCAAUUUUAACACUGUCAUUAUGUAGUGCAAUGAUUUACUUUAUACUAAUAUAAUCUUUUUUUUUUCAUCGUCUUACAUAAGUGAAAUUUUAAAAUAAUUUGUAAAGUUAUGUGUGUUCAGAAAAACACAAGUCUAUGUAUUAAAUCAUAGGGCAUGAUUUGAGUUCUGCUAAGUUCCAAGUUAUAUUUAGUUAAGUAUAAAUCAUAGUUGUAAAUAUACAUAUGCUUACAUAUUAUCUGUAGUAAAUAAUG